AAAAUCACAUUAGACUUUGCGCAUUUCAUCUUUGACAUGGCCAUGUCUGAACGAUCGUCCAUCCUCGAGAUUCCCCGACAUUGUUCAAAUUAGCCGAUGGGCCUUAAAGGAUGAUGCAGCAGCACUUUUCUCAGGCACAGCAGCGUUUCUUUUGUUCCACGCACAUUUGGUGGCGCUAAUCAAAAGCAUAUCUAGAUUGUCCGAUUGACUCUGUUGGACUCCCCAGCCUUGAAUCGCACACAUCGUCCUCAUCACACCCUCAAAACGACUGGCCCCCAUCCUUGCUGCAUCAACAACUUUGAUUCUUUCUCAUCGUCAGAUCAACUGCGCGCUAUUUUUUGAAUGAGAGCACCCUGCACCAAAACUUCAACCCUGUCCUCCUCGCUACUGACACCCUCCAUCUCCUUUACCGCAGCCGGGUACUUGCGACAUAGCCUCGGCCCCAGAUACCGAUUGCUUCACACACCAAUAUAUACCAAAGCAACCCGUAUCGCAUCCUACACGCGUCUCUUUCGCACGAAUUCAGCCUCAUCUGCGAAGCAAUCUGGAGCCCUCCCAGGAGGACCACCCUUAUGGGGGUCCCGCGCUAAAUGCGACCCAUUGAACGCCGCUGGCAUCACCACUGCGGGAAUCCGGUCUGGAGACUAUAUAGAAAGCGCGUUUUUCAGCCGGCAAUUCAGUACUGUGACGACGACGCCAGAGAGCGGGAGUGCAACAGAUCUCACUGCGGACGUAGCCGACGAAAAGGGUUCGGUGAGGGGUACACCGCCAAAAUGGAGACCCAUGGCCAUUCAGCUAGGAACGAGGGAGAACAAGGUCUGCCGGAUACUGAAUAAUGUCGCUAGGGAGUAUGAGUCCAAGACAGGCAAACGCAUUGAGCUUCGUAUCGCUGGUGGAUGGGUGCGCGACAAGCUUCUAGGUCUUUCUUGCACGGAUAUCGACAUUGGGGUGGACUCGAUGAUAGGCUACGAUUUCGCCCAACUCGUCGCGAAAUACAUGGAGUCGAAUGGACACUCUCAAAGAAUGAUCACAAGGAUUAGUGUCAACCCGGCAAAGGGUAAACAUCUAGAAACGGCUACCAUGGGUAUGCUUGGCGUGCCGAUCGACUUUGCAAACCUUCGAUCCGAAACCUAUGUUGAUCCAGAUAGGUUCUCUAAUGAAAUCGUAUUCGGGUCACCGGAAGAGGAUGCACACCAUCGGGACUUUACUAUCAACGCACUCUUCUACAACAUCCGUACCAAAUCUGUUGAGGAUUACACUGGAAGAGGGCUGAAGGAUCUUCGGGAUGGAAUCAUCAGGACUCCUCUCAGGGCGUACGAAACAUUUUGGCAGGAUCCACUUCGUGUCUUGCGAUGCAUCCGCUUCGCAGCGAAAUUUCAGUUCCAGAUCGCAGAGGACGUCCGGAACGCCAUCCUCGAUCCAAGGAUAAGGGAAGCACUCGGGACCAAGAUCUCUAAAGAACGUAUUGGAAAUGAAAUCGAGAAGAUGUUGGAUGGUGGUGGCCCAAGCAGGAGUACCGCAGUUCGAUUGCUGCGUGAGCUGGACCUAUACGACCUGGUCUUUCCGGUGCCAGAGCCCAGCAUCCUUGUCAAGGGCAUCUCGGCCGUGCGUGGCGAGAGACGCGAUGUUGAGGAUGCGUACAAGCUGAUGUGGAUCAUGGAAUGUAUUUUGAGGAUCAAUUCAACAGUGGCGAGCGAGGAUAAUUUCGAUCAUACCGCGUUUUCGCCAAAGAAGGAUGUUAUUCAGGAACUCCUGCUGGAACGGAUACGUGGUCUUGGGACGACGAGUCAUUUGUGCCCGAUGGUCAAAACAGAGCCACCAGAGAAUAUCCCGUUGAUCGCUCCCAGAAAAGAAGAGACUCGACCUGAGCGUCUAAAACGAAACAUGUUCAUGGCAUCGUUGCUGUAUCCAUACCGCGAUAUGAUAGCGACUGUCAACGGAAAGGACGUAUAUGUGCCUACGUGGAUCAACAAGAAUAAUCUCCGACCCCGGAGUAUUCAAGUGCAGCAUGUAGCCAAGAUCCUGAGGUGUAUCGAUGAAGUACAGGAGACUGUGCGCUCGAUCUCAAUGGAUAUCCCAUCGGAUGAGGAGCAGCGAAGCAAGGAGUGGGCGACAAUCGGCAUGAUGAUCCGGGAUAUUGGGUUUGUUCCAUAUGCCGCAAGGACGUGGCCAUGCAGGAUCCUCAUGGCGCUUGGUGUUGAGUUGCUUCCAAAGUAUGAGCAGCUCAAGCAGGGUAUCCUAGAUGAAGAGGCAAAAGGCGCGAUUGCAAAGUACAACAGUUUUCUGGCAAAAGCAGAAUCGUAUGGGGUUGAGCACUGCUGUGAGUGGAGGCCUCUUUUUGAAGCAACUGAACUAGCGUCUAUACUCGGCAACAGAUUAAGCCCAACUGUACAGUACGACCUCGAGGAAGUAAUGCGCUGGCAGCUUCUGCAUCCAGAGCUGUCGAAAGGACAUUGUCGGCAAUGGAUUCUGAACAACAGGCGGAGGUUCAGUUACAGUCCUUAUACUGCUUAUUAAAGAAAUGCGAGUGGUUUUCAAUACAGGGCGAUUUUCUCUAGCGCGGGCCUUUUUUUUUUGUCACUUCAUAUGCAUUGUAGUCCGCUCUACAAUUCCCGUUCGUCUCAUGAUAAGGAAGUGAAUAGGAGCACCCGUUGGUUGGUUGGUUGGUUGGUUGGUUGGUUGGUUGGUUGGUUGGUUGGUUGGUUGGUUGGUUGGGGGGGCUAUCUACUAGAGGGACGGAUGCAUGCUAUGAUAAGAAGAGGAUCGCCAUCUGCCCUGCCUUUGAUUGUUAAAGACCAGUCUGGAUCGAUUGGAAUGAUGGGGAAAAAGGCAUUUCAGAUAAACCCUGCAAGUGACAGCGUUAUCUCUUCCUCGCUUUCGUUUACAUCGGCCUUUAUGGCGAUCGUAUGGUAUGCAUUGUUCACACACCACGGACAACUAGGAGCGCGAAGAACAAGAAAAAA